GCUUGGUACGCGCGCAGGGCGCCCCGAUAUCGCAGCCAUUAACCGCCAGCAAACCAAUAAGCGGCUUGGGUCCCUGUUGCUAAGCCAUUGGGCCGGCAGGGAAUUCGUCACAUCACUGGCUCCGUCGGCUCCGCUUGAACCUCCACACAGCAUUUUGCUGGGAGCCCCCUAGUGACUGAGGCAGCCGUACCGAGUUAUAGAAGACGAAAGAAAAAGUGUAUUAUUGGUUAGCCCCACCGCAAAAACAAAUCACUAACAAUGAAUCCGGGCUUCAAUAUUUGAUAAAUCACAGUCGAGCAGUGAUCUGGGUGGUUGCCGUGGCGUGUAUGUGUGCAGCAUCUCUCUUACUCCAGCAAAGCUUGAUGUCGUCUGCUCCUUAUAAGCCAACGAGCUGACGGUGUGUUUAUGUGUGUGUGAGUGCGCGCGCGUACCUCGGAGAAUUCACUUCUAAACUUGAGGCGCCAGGGGUUUUUGUUAUCCCUCAUCUCUUCACUUCCUCUUCGAAGCUCAAACCUGGUGCAUGCUGCUGAGGAUCGGCCGGAGUUUUGUUAGCAAAAGAGCACAUGCGUUCCGGCCCAAAGUCCGGAUCUUUGGAAAUUAUCUCGGGGAUCCAGGCCGCAAUAGUGGAGCUCCAACGGGAGAAGUUCGCGGCGGUGGCGGACAAAAUCGGUGGGAAACGCUGGUCGCCGGUGCAUCACUCCUACUCCCAUCACUACGAUACGCCCGCCCAUCAGAUGUUUCUCACGGAGCCUUCGUGUGCUGAGUCGCUGGUGCGCGGCAGGCAAAACAGCUGGGCCUCGUCUGUGCCUGUGUCCUCCUCAAAAGGAUUUACACAGACGACGACGUCAAUUCCCAAGGCUGGCAUCGAAUCCUCAACCCAGAUCAGACCAGAUCCGUAUCAAGUCUUCGGUCCCACCAGCAGAACGCUUGCAAAUCCAGAAAACCCAGCAAGCAGCUUAGGAGGACAUGUCUGGAACCGGAGUGGUCAGAUCCAGCUGUGGCAGUUCCUACUGGAGCUCUUGUCCGACAGCUCCAACGCCAACUGCAUCACGUGGGAGGGCACCAACGGGGAGUUCAAGAUGACCGACCCGGACGAGGUGGCCCGCCGCUGGGGCGAACGUAAGAGCAAACCCAACAUGAACUACGACAAGCUCAGCCGGGCCCUGCGCUACUACUACGACAAGAACAUUAUGACCAAGGUCCACGGCAAGCGCUACGCCUACAAGUUCGACUUCGCGGGGCUGGCCCAGGCCAUGCAGCCGGUGCAGGCCGACCCGAGCGUCUACCGUUACCAGUCGGACUUGAGCUACUUGGCCCAGGGCUAUCACCACCCCAGCAAGAUCAACUUUGUGGGCACGCCCAUCCCCUCCACCAACGCCGGCCUCUUCAGCUCGCACGGAUCGUAUUGGUCGUCGCCCAGCGCCGCCAAUAUCUACCCGAGCAGUCACGUGACCCAUCCGCACAGUCACGUGUCACCGCACAUAGGCACGUAUUACGGGUAGACUGUGACGAUGCCGGUUGUUGUUUUGACUGAUAAAAGUGCCAUGGUUUAAGAAAAACACUCGAAUACCGAUGGUUAAAAAAAAACGUAACGAACUUACUCCAGCCUGUUUUUAAACGGCAUCUUCAACAACCAGGAUUAAGGUAGCCGCCGAGGUACCUUGUGGUUAUUUUUAAUCGUGAAACUGAUUAUCAUGUCGACACUGCAAGUUGGGAAUACCAAUAUUUUUGACCGGGUUCUCUCGGCCACCGUUUGUUUAAUUUAAUACUAAUCUCAUAAAACUUGUAAAAUCGAGAACGGAAAAUUUUUGCCGACAAAAUUCCAUCUCAUGUCGACUUCUGGCAACGGAUAUGCAAAUCUGCAUACCAAUGUGUUUAAUUCUGUAAAGAUAAAAAAGGGGUAUGGUUUCCUAGGCAACGAAAUUGAUUUUUAACAGUAGCUUUCAAUUACAAAAUCCCUGUUAUAUGUUUUGUAAUGGCUUCCUUGAAAACAGCAUUUUAUUAUAAAAAAAAAUACCGUUAUAUUUCGUUCUUUUCGAAAUGGAGCGUCGACCUUUUAUUGAGCCAGUAGGGCUAGUAUAGAUGUAGUGAAUUGGCCAACAUAGCAUUUUUUGGCGUCUAUAUUGAGGUAUGUUUGAAUAUUUUUCCAACCUUCUAAUUGUGUUAUAUCCUUGCCGUUUCGCGAGCAAGGUGUGCGUUGUCUAGUCCUCCGAAAAAAAGCUCUAGUGAAUGGAUCACUGGCUUCAUUAGGACUGUCGUUAUACGCGGGCGAAAGGCAAAUGCGACCAACGAGGCCCAAUGCAGACGAACGUUAAUCACACUGGCGCCAACAAAUACGCAGCGCAAAGUAUCAAAAAAUCACUGCGCGCGGACCGCUACAAUAAAAAAAAUCUUUGGUAGUCGUUUCUGCAUUAUUCCAUUCCAUUUCGGGUCAUUAAUUUUAAUUCCAAUGUUAUUUCUGCGUCCUCUUGUUUCUCCCGCGGCUGGCGACCGCAUCGGGCCCGGCGAAUGAGAGAGAUUUCCUUCGUUUUGAUAAAGAAUUUUGUGAAAUUGAAAUGUUUUUAGGACUAAUUUCGGCGCUGUGAGAUGUGCUGUGGAUCAUAAGCAGAGGAAACGGUGCAAUAUGAAGUCUAGAGAAAAAAUAAGCAGUUGGAAUGUAGAGACAUUUUGUGGUGCUAGAUAAUUGUUCAAGUAAUACAUGUUCAAGUAAUUGUUCAAGUAAUACAUGUCAGAUCUGGAGUGCUACUAUAUAGGAGUCGAACACCCGAACUUAUAGUACAUUAGACUUCUGGUGUUCCUGCAAUACAUGUCAGAACUGAAGUGUAAGUAAGAGUCGAACACCCGAACUUAGUACAUUAGAGUUCUGGUGUUCGACCAAUACAUGUCAGAGCUGGAGUGUAAGUAAGAGUCGAACACCCGAACUUAGUACAUUAGAGUUCUGGUGUUCGACCAAUACAUGUCAGAACUGGAGUGUAAGUAAGAGUCGAACACCCGAACUCAGUCCAUUACAGUUCGGGUGUUCGACUAGCAUGCACGCUCAGCAACACUACUAUCCAAACCCCAUGUAACUUCACAUGGAGCGACACCAACGACUGGUUUCUAAACAUUUUCGGGCAAUCAUUUCGAUGUGUGUAAAGGUGUUUUAGACAACCUGUCCAAUAUGUCACAUUCAAAGCCGUGAAAAUGCGAACGGGGGGGGGUCCGCUUUCAUUUAUUAACACUGCGUUUGAUUUGAAAACUUUGUUAGAAAAACGUUUUCUCGAACGCUUGCAAAACGUUAACGGGUCCCUUCUUCGACUGGUACCGUGCAUGCAUUUAACCCGGCGGGGAAUCAUGCGGAACCAGCCGAAAUCCCGGGAGUGUUUCCCCAAGUAGUGCGCAAUGCAUGCGCUGGACGUUGAGGUUUUAAUGUAAACGCGACAAAUGAGAAGUUCGUAACAUUCCAUGCAAAGGCAGUUUGUACUUUUUAAGUUUGGAGAAAUCUUCUAUUAUGCUAGACAGCAACAGUCUUACAAAUUAGUCAAACUUGACUGGGGCAUUAGAUGGGUCAUACGAGUGUGUCUGGACCAAUUAAUGUGCAUGCACGAAAUACAGACUGCCUACAACAUAAUUAUCAACGAACCAUUCCAUUUUAACGACAAAUUAAAUCAUAUUUUUUUAUUGGGAUUUUUUAAGCUUUAGCGCAGCUUCACCCUAUUACAGUUUAAGAUAUUUUUUCCGAUUUGACGAGUCAGUAUGUAUAUUUUGUUAUCAGGUCAGGGUUGCUUAAAGCCACACAAUCUCAGUGAUAUACCAGUUUUAACUUUCACUUUCUUUCAGUUUAUGAAAAUCUCGAUUUACGAGUUCCUUUCUCUUAAAUGAAAAAAAGGCCAAUAAUAUGGUCAGGAAAAAGCGGUGCCUAAACAUUGUGCAAUGCCAGGUGUUACCGAAUUAAUAAAAAAAAAAUUAAACAAAAUUGUAAAUAGAUAUUUUAGAACCUAGUUUAACAUGUAUCAGUAACCUAUAUUUUGUAGUUCUAUCGCUGUGAAGGCAUCAGAUACUUACAGAGUUAUUUUGGGCGGCACUUCCCUUUUUAUUUAUUAUUUAAAAUAGAAAAUGCAAUUUCCGGAAAUAUUUGAAGUUAUAAUUAUUUUCUGAUGGAUGUUGGCUGUGCCAAUCACUGGGACUCUUGUGCAAGAUAUAUUUUGUAGAAUAGUUUGUUUCCUUAUAUGAUUUCAAUGGAAUUUUCUAUUACAAUAAUUGCUGCUGGACGCGUACGAAUUAUCCGAAAUGAUUUUUUUUUCCUGUUUGAAUUUUUGUGUUUGUUUUUCGUCAAAAUAGAAAAAAUCUUGUUUGUGUAAGUACGGGUAUAUUUCAAAACAAGAUGACGCAAUGUCGAAACGCCGCCCGAUCCGACAUUUUUUUUUGGAGUUUACUGCUUAACGGCGGAAGUUUCUUAAAAACGUGUAUAAUUGUAGAUAAAUCAAAGAAGACAUCAUGUCUGCUACAUUCCAAUAUUAUUAACAUUUAUGUUCCUUUGUAAGUCAAAAGGAAUGUGAAAGUCAAAAAAAAGAUUAUCUCCUGGUUUUUUUGGUUUGGUUGUACUUUCGAGGCAAUAACAAGCAACCAGAAAAAAGGCGCCAUUGUUUAAAGUUGGAGUUUCGUGACGUCAUCAUGCCGUCAUCGACUGAGCGACCAAAAUGGGAAACAACCAUUAUAAUCUCGUUAAAGAAUCCUGUGUUUAACGUAAUCUUUCUGAGGCGUCGAAUUGGAUAUCGUUUCUGCUUAAUGAUAAACCCUUUGAGCAACAAUGUAGCGUUAGAAAGUAGAGGCAUAACGUUUAUAUAUGAACAUUGAUUGGACGGGCCAUUGAAUGUCAAAGUUCAAACAAUCUGAAUACUUAAUGAAACGAAUUGAAAUGACUAAUAUACUAGCCUAUAGCAAACUUUUUACUCCGCAAUACCGAGAUUACGAGAGAGGGCGCUCUGAGAAAAUGCCGUCUACUUUUGUAUCUUUGUAAAUAUUGUUUUAAACAAACUCCUUUUUUACUAGUAUUUUGAAAAGAUGGCCUGACUUCACUUUUGUGUGCAGUCGUAGGCUUUUUCUCAAGACGCUAGAGUUAAUUGAAAGUAAUAAAAAAAAUAGCACUUGAUAAUUUAUUAUUGUUAUAUAUAGUUUUAAGGUGAGUCAGGUGUGAAUCGGAGUCGCCAGCGGGAGGAGUGGCUGGAAUUUUUU